CAUCGGAUCUCAGAAGCAUCGGCACAGUUGUCGUUAGCUGCCCUUCUCUCUUCUUGAAAGGAAUAGUAGCAAUGAAGAUAUGGAGAAAAUGUCAGACGAAGAAUAUCAUUAUCAUUCCUUGAAACCUCGUAAAAAGAAAGACUUACAAGCAGCAGAAGAAGAAGACAAAUAUUAUUCAUUUAACAAAAACGAUAAACAAGACAAAGGAGGAGGAGAGGGAGAAGGAACAGGUGCAGAUCGUUAUUAUUCUUUCAAGAAGAAGAAGAAGAAGCAGCAACAGCAGCAGAGGAAUGAAGACAAGGAAGAAAAAGAAGAAGAAGAAGAAGGCAGUCUGAGCAGCGGUCCUCUCUCCAGCAAUUCCCAUGUACGUCUCGCUAUCUACAUAGCUAUGGCUCACGCCGGCCUCGCUCUAUCCCUCAUCCUUCUCUACGGUCUCAUCAAACUCCUUGAAGAAUACUGGCGGCCCAUCCAAUGGGCUAUUCUCUGCUCAAUGCCCCUGCGAGAGCUCCAAACUACCCUCGUCCGCUUCUGGUCCCAUCCCCUCCAGCUCGGCCUCUUCGAGACCAUCCUAGCCGUCCCCCUUGCUAUCAUCCGUGCCGCAAUCGGAUCCGUCAUCGACUCCCAGGCCGCUCUUCUCCGUCUUAUUCGCCGCCGUCGUCGCAAUUUCCCAGCCCGAAGCAAGAUCACCUUCCCCAAGCUCAUGCAAUGGCUCGUCUCCUUCGGCCUCUUUGUCUUCUCCUACGAACGCAUCGGCUCUGCAUCCUACCCCAUCUUCGCCAUCCCCGGCUUCAUCGCUUACGCUGCUGGUUACGCCCCUGGUGUUCCCUCCACCAUCACCGCCAUGUCAUCCGUCCACCGCGGUGUCGUCCCGGGCCCACGUUCCCCCCCAUCCAGGCGUUCUGUCCUCAGCUGGCUCAGCUGCUACAUGACCUCUGGCAUCCUCAAGCGUCUAAACACGGUGGUGGGGAUCGGCCUCAUCACCCUCAUGAUCGUCGGAUCUGUGAUGGGGCUUGUGUUCUUCUCCUACAAGAUCGGGCUCGAGGGGAGGGACGCGGUCAUAUCGCUGAAAACACACCUGCAGGAGAAUAACUAUACUGAGCGGAUCGGCCUCAACCGUUGGAUGGACGAGAACCACAUUCCUGAGCUGAUCGAUACAUACACCACCAAAUUCUACGAGACCAUGUCCCAAUCUAUCGAUUCCCUGGCUCUUCAGUACAACGUGACGGAGAUCGUCGAUGGCUUCCGCAAUUACCUUGUAGGGCCGCUGCUACCACCAUCCUCAUUCACUUCAAAUGUCUGGAGUGGCACCCCAGACGGACAGCAGAUCCUCCAACACCACCCCUUCUCAGAAAAGCUCCACCAUCUCUGGCUUCAGCUCCAGGGAAGGGAAUGGAAUGUAAUUUACUCAGAGAUUGCAGGUACCUUCCGGGUAUUCCUUUCUGUGAUCAUGAGAGAGGACUUGGUGGAGAAGAUGAAGGGGUUUGCUCUGCAGAGCGUUGACGUCUCGAAGCGGGUCUUCGCCAGCAGCUCCAUGGUCCUGGCAGGGAGCGCAAAUAUUCUUGUCUCAGUAGCUGUAUCAAUCAUCUCAGGGGCUGCGGGGCUGCUGAAUUUCAUCUCUCAGCUGAUGGUUUUCUUCUGGCUCCUGUAUUACCUGAUUACAUCUGAAUCAGGGGGAGUCAUGGACCAUGUCCUGGGGAUGCUUCCAGUCUCCAAGUCGACACGCAUUCGCUGUGCAGAUGUCCUUGAUCAUGCUGUGAGCAGCGUCCUGUUGGCGACUGCUAAGGUCACACUCUUUCAAGGCUGUCUCACUUAUCUAUUGUUCCGUUUCUACCACAUACAUUUCCUGUACACAUCAACAUUCCUGGCUUUGAUGAGUGCGGUUUUGCCCAUUACUCCAACCUGGCUGUCAUCGAUCCCAGCAGUGGCCCAGCUGGCCAUAGAAUCGAGAUACAUAGAAGCUGUGUUGCUGCCUGCAAUCCAUCUCAUACUUCUGGAUUACGGCACAGCAGCCAUCCAAGAUGAUGUACCGGGACAAAGUGCCUACCUCACUGGGCUUAGCAUUCUGGGUGGCAUUGCAUUGUUCCCAUCAGCUUUGGAAGGAGCAAUCAUGGGUCCUUUGCUGUUGACAGUCAUGAUCGCCAUGAAAAAUUUAUAUGCAGAAUUUGUACUUCCGUCUGCUAAGGAAGCUGCUCGGUGAUACUCUUGUGAAUGGACAAUUUAUGCUUUAAUAUUCAGCGAAUCAGUGAGAGCUACCAGGGAUGUUUUGGGAGCAACUUGAGCGUUCGACAAUCUCCUUUGUUGGACUGGGAAAGCUAGCAUUGGAAAAGAAUACACAAACGGCGAUUAAAGUCAUUGUUGCUUGUGUCCUCAGCAAGGCCCCCCCUAAAACAACACCUGAUAUGAUGCAUGCCCACCACUAAAAUGCGCCAUGUACUGCAUCUGGUUAGCAUCUUCUUUUCCUUUUUCUCUUUUGCCUGGCUUCAUUCCUCAUUCAAUGUUAGAUUCAUGGACUUUGAUGAUCUUUAUGCGCAGGAUAUGCACAGUAUCUACCCUGGA